AUGGCAAUUAUUAGUUUGGAUUAUCUCAAGCCUCCGGACAGUGAGAUUGAAGGUCAUCUUCUUCGUGACGACUGUAACGGCAGUGACGGCGAGCAAUCCAACACUCCUCCUGCAACCACCGUUCAAUCAACCGCUGGGAAUCUCCUUCCUGUUGCUUCGUCCAUCUCCCAUGACCUCAACUCCAUAGUUGAAGCAUCGUCACCCGAGGUGGAUGUCGGGGAACUGUCUUAUAAUCCACCAAAUGCUUUCGUUCCAUCGAUUGGAGCAUGGGCCAAACCUCUCGCGUUCUCACCACCUACUACUCCUCCAACACCAGCAACGCCGCUGGACUUUGACCCGCAGUACCUUAACAACUUACUUGACUCUUUCUGGCCGUCGAUAACUGAUGGUAUUGGGCAAAACCAGAAAAAAAGAGAUCAAAAAACUGCUAUAAGAGAGUUUCCACGCAUCCCAGUUCCAAAGAUCCCGGUUCCGGAACUUAAGGAUGAUGGAACACUAAGGUUUCCAUGGGCUGCCAGAAUGAAUCCUGCCACCAGAAACCUGUAUCGAGCAGCUAAACCUACCUUCCGGCUUGAUGGAACACCCCAGGUUACCAUUCCUUCUCAAGUUCUUAGUUUAGGACCAGAGAAUAAAAGAGAGUAUGUCAUCGGUCAGUUCCAUCGUUGUUCUCUUCCUCCUGGAGGUUUAAUUCAUGCUGUAGUUAAUAGAUUGUGGGGAAGAAGUUGCAGAAUAGGGUGUCGUAAGCUUAGCGAGUCAUCUUAUUUGUUUCACAUUCCUCAUGAUGCAACACGAGACUGGGUAAUUCAGAGAAGUGUAUGGCAUGUUGAUGAUUGUUUGCUAUUUGUUUCGCCGUGGAAGCCAGCAAACUCACUUAAGGUCCCUGAAGUUUCUACUAUCCCGGUUUGGGUAAACUUAAAAAAUGUUCCGGAUUGUUGCUACUCAAGAUUAGGUCUGAGUCAUGUGGCAUCAGGACUUGGUGAGCCUAUGCAAACGCAUAAACCUCGCCUUGAUCCGACUACUUUGGGAGAAGCAAAGCUGUUAGUCGAAGUAGAACUUGACAAGCCUUUCCCUAAGCAAAUUGCUUUGGAUGACAAACAAGGUAAUAUAUUUUUGGUGGAUGUUGAGUACACAAGGAUUCCGAGUAUAUGUGGUAGAUGUGGGCACUUAGGACAUAAAGAGAAAAGAUGUCUUCUACCAGCAGUUCAGAAUGUGGAAACAACUUCAGUGGAGAAGAUUGUGUCUAAUGAAGCAUCAGAGGUUGAACCUGAAAGGGAACAAGCUCAGUCCAAUGUUGCAUCAGAUCAAGUGGAGGUACAAAUGGAAAAUUCAGAAGCAAGUUUGGUUGUAGCUGAAAAAGCAAAAGGUGAUCAGAUUAUAGAACCCACUACAGAGGCCGAAAUUGAACAACUGCAAUCACAAAAGAGUGUUGAGCUGAAGGCUCUUUCAACACCGUCAAACUUGCCCACCCACUCUAAGGUAACAAUAGCCAUUGGCUCCAACUCUCACUCCACUUCACCACCAUUAUCAGGUACUGUUCCUGAUCCGGCUCAAACUAUUAUUAUGGAAGAAAUUCCAUCACCUAUUAUUGUUUCCGAGACCCGUUUGGAAUUGGGAAACAAUCCGUUGGCAUUUAUCCGCACACCUACACAUGGCAGCCCUUUUCACUAUCAAACUGAGCUAAAUGUGCAGGAUGAUGGAGAUGGGUUUAUGAGUGAUGCUACGGCAAAUCUUAACAUGUCAAGGGGUGGGAGGCCAAUAAAACCACUUCAAAAGUAUCAAGAUAUGGAAUGGAAUACGAUACGAGGGAAAGGUAAACGAGGUCGUAGAGGCCGUGGUUACCAUACUCCUUAG